GAAAGACGUAAACCGCCGAAUAAAGUUGACAAAAAAAAGAAAUGGCAGCUCGUCUCCUCACCAACACCACAUUUCUCCUCCUCCCUCCCCUCCUCCUCCUUCUGGUCGCCACCGCGGCCUCUGCCGCCACCUCAUCGUCAACCACGGCCUCCAAGAGCUUCGUGAAGACAUCGUGCAGAAAGGCUACGUACCCGAGCCUCUGCUACAGCUCCCUCUCGCCUUCCGCCUCCAGCAUCAAGUCCAACCCCUGGAAGCUCUGCCGCACCGCCAUGACUGUCUCCCUCAACUCCGCUCACAAAGCGAAGGCAGCCUUCUCGAGCAUGUUGAAGAGCAAGUCCCUCACCAAGGCUGAGAAGGCUGCGGUAAAGCAGUGCCGGGACACCAUGGACGACUCCAUCGACCAGCUCAAGCAGUCGGCCAACAUCAUGUCAAGGAUCAUACAGGACCAGUCCUCCAAGUCAUCCUCGUACUCGACGUCCGAGAUGGAGUUCAAGAUGUCGAACGUGAAGACUUACAUGAGCGGCGCGAUCACGGACGACAGCACGUGUACGGACGGGCUGGAGGAGGAGCCAGUGAGGGCGUCUCUGAAGAAGCGGAUCUUGAAGUUGGAGUCGGCGGUCGAAAGGUUGACUAGCAACGGUCUCUCCCUCAUCAACACCCUCAAAUAUUAACCAAUAAUUAAUUACAGCUUCAUUUAUUUAAUUAUAUCUAUUAAUAAUUCAAGACAUGUUAAGACACCUCUCUCUUUAAUUUGUUUACCUGCUUUUUCUUUUCGAGUUUCGUCAUUUACAUCAUAUUAGGGGAAGCAAAUCAUAUUAGGGGAAGCAAAAGCGAACGAGACGUGUUUUUGAUAAGAAGUAGGGACGUGUUGUUGUAUGACAUUUCCUUUUUCUCAAAUAGUGGAUUUAAAACUGGGUGCUACAUGUGCCUUAUACGAUUUGAUUUCGACU